CAGAUAUUAUACCUGAUAUCAUUUGCACCAAAGCUUCAGUCGUAUUUUUAUGGUUGACGCCCUAAAGUUCAUCUCGACAGUACUUCAAAUUUGUUUGACGAUCGUUUCAGAAAUUUGGCAACUGUUCCACUUCGACAAGAUUGAAAGGAAAUCGGCACGACAUCAUGAAGAUACUCAUUUUGAUCACCGUUGUCGCCAUGGCGACCGUGGGCAACGCCGGUUACAGCUGCCCUGAGUUCUGGAACUUAUUCGGAGGUAACUGCUACCGAUACCAGGGGAAUAGAUUGACAUGGUCGGCUGCUGAAGCCAGAUGCAAUGAGGACUUUACCAGCGCUGGAGUGGGACAUCUAGCUUCGAUCCAUAGCCUUGCAGAGAACCGCUUCGUUUAUGAGAUGUUCAAAUCAAGCGUGGGCAUAAACGACAUUCCAGAUUGGGUGUAUAACAGAGAAGACCCCAGUCCAGCCUACGGGGUAUGGAUCGGACUUCGCCAAACUGUGGCUGACGGCCCCUGGAAGAACUCUGACGAUACAGACCAGGGUGAUUUCUUCAAUUGGAGGAGUACAGAACCCAACAACAACUACUACAAUGUACAGGUGGAAGACUGCGUCCACAUCUGGCGCUUUGAUGAUGACUCCGACAUUCAACAAACGUGGAAUGACAUGUACUGCAACGAAGUGAUGUCCUUCGUCUGCAAGAUGCCAGCGGACGGGGAGUCUUGCGAGUAAUAAGUGGUCCACAUUUUCGACCACUUGCCUGACUAACGUCAACCAAUCAUCAAUAUUAUCCAUUUUGGGUGUUAUUUUAUAAUUCUCUCUCACUUUUUUUAUUCUCUCUCUCUCUCUCUCUCUCUCUCCCUUUCUAUAUCUACCUGUCCCGAUAGAAAAAACUGAAUUUACUACUCUCCAUUAUUUUGGUGGCGGAGUACCGAAAACUAUUAUGUCCUAUUCCAUGUUAACUUGAGUUAAGUCAAAGUAAAACAAAAACAAAUCUUUCAUGUGUCUCUUUCAUUUAGGUCAACGCGAUUGUGUUUAAUAAAUACUGCUUAAAUUUGGAUGAUUUUAUUUACCGAAUAAUGAUGUGAGAAGUGGUCAUUUAUAGGCCUUUACACGCCUUAUUUCUAAGCCAGUAUAUAUCGCUCUGUAAUACAAUAACAACAUAUAUAUUUUAUUGCUGUCAUCUCCCCCAGCCUGUGUGUGUUUUUCAGGACCGGCUUUUCUUCAGGACUCCAUUAAAGUCCAUCGAAUAAUUUUUCGUUUUCUUAUGAUAAUUAAAAGAAAAAAAGCAUUUUGGGGUAACGCCAUUGUUUAAUCACACGAAUAUCUUUCCAAGAACACUGGCUUUAUACAUCAAAGUGUACGCGUUUAUAUCCCUCUGGCUUUCAGCAUUAUUGAUGAACCAAAUCCAAUAUCCUCAGCAUGAUGUGUAAUAUCUAUUCCAUUUAAUGCAACAAAAGCGUUGACAAAUAUGAUUAAUCUUAUCGAUAAUAGAACCAUCUCUGUAGUCGAGGUAGUAUCAGAAAAUCGUGUAUUGUUCUACCGACGAUUCGUAACUAAACACGAUCUCAACUGGCAGUUUUCUUGGCCUGGUAUGUCACCUUUUGAAAUGUGCGAACAUUAAAGAUGCAUAUUACGUAAUCGGAACAUUAUUGCCUAUGGGGCAUACAAUAGGAUAUUGAAAUUGCUCCUGAGUGAUGAUUUUGCGAAAGUAGUUACGAUGGUGUUCCGAAAGAAUUAUAUUUUUUCUUUUCAACAUUUUCAUCCUCUGUACUUUCUGACACAAUUGACUAAUAAAAGUUGGAGAAACGUGAAUGACAUGGAAAA